GCGCGGACAAAACUCAACUGAACGUCUUCCACCAAAAUUCCUUCCCUUCUACACAUUUUCUCCUCUUCCUAUAGGGUUUCUUUCCUCUCAACCAAAGUAAAAAAAGUAAAAAACAGCAACGGAUCUCCUCCAUUUUUCACGAUGUGGCGCUUGCUCUGGCGAUCCAUCGAUCGCUUCUCUCUUCAACACUUCAAAUCUGUAGUUACUGAAUUGCGGCAGAUCAAAGUUGUCGAUGAGCAGAACAGGGAUGCAGUUGUAGAUCUGCUACAAACUAUUGUAGAGAUAGUGACAUAUGGGGACAGAAAAGACCCAUCAAUAUUUGACUGUUUUAUGGAAUACCAAGUUUUAGCAGAGUUUGUACGGGUACUAAGGAUCAGUACAAGUUCAACAAUUGAGGCUCCAUUGCUUCAGUAUCUAAGCAUAAUGAUUCAAAACAUGGAUAGUGAACAUGCAAUUUACUAUUGUUUAAGCAAUGACUAUAUCAACAACAUCGUAGAACAUCAAUAUAACUUCAAUACAGGGGAUCUUGCUCUUUAUUACGUAUCUUUCUUAAGAGCAGUGAGCAGCAAAAUAAGCAGAGACACGCUUUGCCUUCUUGUUAAGUUUAAUGGGGAUGUAGUGGUCUCAUUUCCCCUGUACAGUGAGGCUCUUAAAUUUGCUCAACACGAGGAAAAGAUGAUUCAAACAGCUAUACGUGCAUUAACUCUCAACAUAUACAAUAUUUGUGACGAUAAUGUCUAUCAAUUUAUAACAACAGCUCCAGCCUCGAUUUACUUUUCAGACUUGGUUUAUAGUCUAAGGGAGCAAUGUCUACAACUAGAUGCCCUUGUCCACUCCAUAGAGGAGAAAUGCACUUGUAAAGAAAACAAGGACAUAUUUCUGAAAACUGAUAAAAUCAUAGACAAUCUUUACUACUUCAAGGACAUGCUUUCUGUUGGCGAAUCGCAAUUAAGUAGAGUAGUUACCAAAAACCUUCUCAGUGUACUUAUUUUCCCCUUGUUGCUUCCUCUACUGAAGUUAGGAGUGAAUACAGGUAGCUACAUCUCAGCAGUCACUUCUUUGUACAUAGUUGUUCAGCUUCUUCAAGUUGUUGGUGGAAAACAUUUGAUUAAUGGAGUGGCUGGUCUUCUCUUGUAUCAUUAUAUGGCAUUAUGUCAGAGAGAUGCUAUUGCUACCAAUGGGGAUACGGCUGGUGGCACAGGUGAUUCUAGUCCUCUUCUGCACGUGUUAAAUGAUAUAAGAAUCAAGAUAUCUGGUCCCAAGGCUGGAGGAGGAGAAGAAAUCAAUAUAAACUAUCUACUUCAGCAUUCAAAUGAGCAUACAUAUUCAAAUUCUCAUUAUGAUGUCACCCCUUGGGAUGAUGAUGUGCAUGUAGAUAGGUUUGGGAUAUUCGCAUAUUUGUUUUCAGAAAAUCACAGUAUAUCACUAGCAUCUUUAUUUCUAUUGCUUACUCUUGCAGAGAACAAAGAUCUGGAGCAUUAUCCGGCAUCACUGCUCAGAAUGAGUCAAAAUCAGGGCUUGACAAACUGUGAGUCAGCGUUUGCAAAAGUGGAUGGAAGUAUUCUGGUGAGACUUAUGCCUCAGAUUUUGAAGGCAUUAUUGAAGGUUUUGGCAUGUCAACCACCAGUUUCCCCACCAAUACAGUGGCAUACAGGGUGGUUUUUGCGAAAGCUACUUCAGUGUGAUGGAAAUAUGCUCACUGACGACAAUGUCUACCUAUUCAAUACUUCAUUUGAGCAGUCCCGAGAAUGUCUUCGAAAGGAACUUGAUGGAUGCUGGUUUGAUCAUAUCCCAGAUAUUAUAGGACAUGAGUGGGGAAGCUGUAAAAAAGCUCUUGAGCUACAAUCCCAAGUUAUGGAUCCCUUAUUUACAUUGGAGUUAGCAAGCUGCCAGCAAACCAUUGAUGGCAGUUCAAACUCAUAUUCUGCUUGGCAGAGGAUGGUUGACACCGUAAAGGUUUUCAUCCUCCAUCUUCAGCUCAAGGCAUUUAUUUUCAUGGGACGUUUACUUGAAAAGCCCUCACUAAAGUCAUGGAGUUAUAGUGAUUUGGGAAAAACUUCUAGCAGAGAUGCUUCAUCUGCCAGCUUUGGGUCAGAGGUCUCUUUAGGAUCAGGAAUCCCUUGUAGGAUUGCUUUCUCGUAUGCUGGAGUCAGGGAUGUGUACCUAGUAGCAGCGGCACAAGGAAUUUCUGGAAAAUUGAUUCUUGCGGAGAAGCAUCCUUUCCGGAGUCAGCGUGGUGUAGUAAUUGCCAUUGCUCCACUGGCCGGGUUAAGCCCGAAGAUAGACAAGGACCACCCAACAUGGUUACAUCUUCGGAUAAGAGAAUUCGAUCCAGAUUUUUUUAAAGCUAAAGGCAACCAAUCUAAAGUUUCCAAUCCCCCUGCCGAUGGGAGAUGGACACUUGGUUUCCAUAGUGCAAAGGCUUGUGAGGCUGCUCAAUUAUUGAUUCUUGAAGAACCUUGUAAGCAGAGGUUCUCUGUUGAGAGAAUGCUUGCUCCACUCCUUCGGGAAGAUUAUUGGGGUGAAAUAUGGAUGGCCGAAGCGAUUAAAGCUCCAGCCUGAGUUCUAGGAGUGCAGCAGCUAAUGUACCACUCUUCUCGUCUGCAGUUUUCCAUGUGCACGGUGCGUCAACUUCUCUCUCAAUCCUCUUAUUCCUUGCACUGCAUUUCCAGCUCUGCAUGACAUCAAAAGUUGCAUCAGUCAAAAUCAAAC